GACAGGUUUGACAGGUGUCGGUGUGUCGAAAAUGGAGUGUUUGACGCGGAACUUGAAAUAAAUAAGUGGAAAAUGCAAUGAAUAUUUUGAGCUUUAGAUACCUAACUUUCAGGUUAAACUAUGCAAUUUGAUCAUUAAAAAGUGACCCUUCAAUAUUUUUGUUGGAUAAAACAUUUAUUGAGUGUUGAUUACAAGAACAAUAAAUCGUAAUCAUGGCGGACCCCCUCAGUUUACUCCGACAGUAUAAUGUAAAUAAAAAAGAAAUUAUUGAGCGUGACGGUCAAAUAAUAUUUGGCGAGUUUUCGUGGCCCAAGAAUGUCAAAACUAACUAUCUUAUGUGGGGGUCUGGCAAGGAAGGCAGCGAUAAAGAAUAUUAUACUCUGGAAUGUCUGCUGUUUAUCCUUAAAAACAUACAACUUGCUCAUCCUGUGUAUGUCAAGCAAGCAGCUGCAGCGAAUAUUCCACCUGUACGUCGUCCUGAUCGUAAAGAGCUGCUUGCUUAUCUCAAUGGUGAAACAGCCACUUGUGCAUCAAUAGACAAAAGUGCACCACUGGAAAUUCCAACACAGGUCAAACGCACACAUGAUAAUGAUGGUGGCGAAUCAGCUGCUAAAAAGCCUCGCAUUGAGGAAACUCAUGUACAAAAAGUUCGUGAACAGCUGGCAGCUCGGUUGGACGCCCCUAAAGAAGCUUCAGUCACUGUUGAUAAUAUAAAGUCAUUGUCUGAGGCUAUGUCAGUGGAGAAAAUUGCAGCUAUCAAAGCUAAACGUUUAGCCAAAAAGAGGACAACUAUAAAAAGCCAUGACUAUGCUGACACUUUGGGUGUUGUUGGAUCAGACCUUAGAGCUAUUCUGGACUAUGAUGUGGAUCUCACUAAAGAUAUUAUCAGCCGGGAGAGGCAAUGGAGAACUAGGACCACAGUAUUACAGAGCAAUGGAAAGACAUUCGCAAAGAGCAUUUUAGCACUGCUGGGUAGCAUAAGAGCCCGUGAGGAAGGUAGGCCAGGCAUCCCGCGCCCGCAACCCGUGGUGAUGCCACCGCCGACCGCGAUGCCCAUGCAACAGACGCAGUACAACAGAUACGAUCAGGAACGAUUCAUUAGGCAAAAGGAAGAAACUGAGGGCUUCAAAAUCGACACUAUGGGUACAUACCACGGCAUGACCCUUAAAUCUGUGACAGAGGGCCCCAGCGCGCCUGCACCGGCCAGGGCGCCACAAACGCCGAACCACCCAAGACAAAUGCCACAGAACGGCGCGGUUCCGGGAACGCCGGGCAGACGUGACCUGCUGCCAGUGGCAGCUGCGCGUGCGCCCACGGGCGGCGGCAAGCGGCCCUCGCGCACGCCCAUCAUCAUCAUCCCCGCCGCUACCACUUCGCUCAUAUCCAUGUAUAACGUUAAAGACAUGUUGCAAGACCUCAAAUUUGUACCUGUAGAGCAAAAGAAAACAGAAGGAGCAGCUCGUGAGAAUGAAGUACUCUUACAAAGGAGAAAAGGUCCACAAGGUGACCAAGUGCCCAACAAUGCCACAACAAUGACGGUGCCAUACCGCGUGGUGGACAGCCCGGGCAGGCUGUCGGCGGCCGAGUGGGACCGCGUGGUGGCCGUGUUCGUGCAGGGUCCAGCCUGGCAGUUCAAGGGAUGGCCCUGGGACGGCAAUCCUGUUCAAAUCUUUGCUAACAUAUGCGCGUUCCACCUGAAGUUCGACGAGAUGAAGCUGGACGCGAACGUGGCGCGCUGGGCGGUCACUGUUCUCAACCUGAGCCGCACCAAGCGGCAUCUGGACCGCGCUGCUCUGCUCGGCUUCUGGGAGACCCUUGACAAGCACAUGAUGAAGAAUAAACCACACCUAAGGUUCUGAGUUAGUGUUAGAUUUAUAGAAUUUUAUCAAAUAGACUAUAUUAAUGACACUGUGUGAAUAUCCGAACGCCUUAUCGCAAAGAGAAUCUAAGUCAAUUCAUACCAUUUAAGAAAUUAUUUUGGCUCAAUACUACCUACUUAGCUUUGUAGUAUUAAAUAUCUAUUAUAUAAUAGCACAAUAAAACUAUACCAAUUCUCCGAUUCUGGAUAUUUAUAAUAUUCGGAGUAACAAGCAAGUGUAAACGAAUAAUUUGAACUAACUAGCGUAAAAUAUUACGGCUGCCUUGUUAAGAAGGCAUCGGUGCACGAAUUUGGGUAUAAGUGGUUCGGUUACCCGAAAGACGAAGUGCAAUCGCACUAUUAGCUAUUAUAAAAUAUAAUCUUUGUACAUAACGUUUGACAAGACAAGUAUUUGUUGUACACAUAUACUUCUCGAUUAUAU